AUGGACUCUCGCACGUGCCUAUCCACCAGCGAGCCGAUCGCCCCCUUCGGUCUUCCUCGGCUCGGGAACGAAGGUUCGAGGAUCUUGAAGAUGGAGUUAUCUACGUUGGUUCUUCUCGUAAUGGCUUGUGGUUUGAGGGUGGGAGCUGAUGGAACCAAUCAUAGGUACAAAGAGGGUGAUCAUGUCCCCCUAUAUGCCAAUAAGGUCGGACCUUUCCACAACCCCAGCGAGACAUAUCGUUACUAUGACUUGCCAUUCUGCUCACCAGGUUAUUCACUUAUCCUUACUGUUCCAUCGACUUCUGAGCUGCAUGAGUCUGUUAGCAACACUAUUUAUACGUCUGUUAGUGUGUACAACUCUUUACAAAACUUUGUUGAUUUAGAGCAUGUUACCGAAAAGACGGAAGCCCUUGGGGAAGUUCUAAAUGGUGAUCAUUUGGUCGAUGCACCAUAUGCUGUAUCAAAGGACUAUUACUUUGAAAUGUAUUAUGAUGAUCUGCCUUUAUGGGGUUUCCUGGGCAAGAUCGAGGGGGUCAAGACUGAUUCGGGCAAAGACAAGUACUUUCUCUUUAAACACAUUCACUUCAAUAUCCUUUACAAUGAUGAUCGGGUCAUAGAGAUCAAUGUACAAACGGACCCCAAUAUUAAUGUGGAUAUCUCGGAGGAUAGGAAAUUGGAUGUCGAGUUUUUAUAUUCUGUGACAUGGAAAAAUACUGACAUAUCUUUUGAAGAAAGGAUGACAAAGUACUCAAGGACAUCCUCUAUGCCUCAAUAUUUAGAGAUUCAUUGGUUCUCAAUUGUUAAUUCAUGUGUGACUGUCCUUCUUCUGACCGGGUUUCUUGCUACGAUUCUCAUGCGUGUGCUCAAAAAUGAUAUUUUAAGAUAUUCUCUCAUUGAGGAGUCUCUUGAAGAUCAAGAGGAUUCUGGAUGGAAACAUAUCCUUUGA